AUGCUACAGCUCCCUAACCUACGCAUUACUGAUAACACGUCGCUCACCCUCGAUGUUGUGGCUUGUGUUGGAGUAAUAGGAACGAUUGUUUGGGUUUACCUUCGUAAAUCAGAUAGCCGCCUUCCUCUCCCGCCUUCCCCUCCAACUUGGAGACUUCAGGGACACUUACUGCCCCCUCGCGACCCAUCUCUUACUUUGGCGCAGUGGAUUGACCAGUAUGGCCCUCUGAUUACCAUCCGGUCAGGAAUACAGAACACGGUGAUUAUCGGCCGCCACAAAGCCGCAGUGGAUAUAAUGGAGAAGCAGGGUAGAGCGCUAGCUGAUCGACCUCGCCUCGUUGCUGCUGGAGAAAUUCUCACACGCGGACAGAGCCUCGUUUUCAUACAUGUUGGGGACAGGCUGCGUCGGAUGCGUAGGUUCGUCGUCGCUAUACUAGUACUCCAUAUGCAUCUCCAGCCCAAAUCAGCCGAGACGUAUGAACCUCUGCAGAUGUCGCAAGCGAGAAGCCUAAUCCUCAACAUUCUUGACGAUCCAAGCAACUUUCAGAACCAUGCGAUAAGUUAUGCCGCAGCGACGAUCUUGCAAGUUGCAUAUGGGAAGACCUCGCUGACAUCGGCAACUGACCCUGAAGUUAAGGAGGCUCGCCACCUCAUAUCCCGACUUCGUACAGUCCUGCGCCCCGGUGCUUACUGUGUAGAAUCGAUACCGUGGCUCAAAUUCCUUCCUUGGUAUGCGCCAGAAUUAAGAGACGACUAUAAGAGGGCCACACGACUCUACACAGACCAGCUGAAUUGUGUAAAACUGCAAAUGCAUAGGAAUGAGGACAUCGGCCCUUCGUUUUCAAAACAUCUUCUAGAAAAUGGACAUCUCUACGACUUGACAGAUAUGGAGAUGGCAUAUCUUGCUGGCGGCUUUUUUGGAGCUGGAACCGAAACAGUGAGGCGUCUUUUUGUUUUUUUUGACGAUUAUAUACCUGAGGUGGGGCAACAGACUGCUACAGCGAUAUGCACGGUGCUAAUGGCAGCGGCACAUUUCCCUGAAGAGCAAGCUAAAGUGCAGGCCGAGCUUGAUGCAGUCAUCGGAAGAGGGCGAGCACCGACCUUCGCCGAUAAGCCAUCCCUGCCCCAUCUGGAGGCCUUCAUCUCUGAGGCUUUGAGAUGGAGACCGUUGGUUCCUUUUGGAUUACCUCACCGAACUACUGAAGACGUCAUUUGGGCAAGUGAAAACUAUUGCAUUCCUGCUGGAACUACGGUGUUCGGCAACCAGUGGUCCAUCUCUCGAGAUCCAGAAGUCUAUCCUGAUCCUGAUGCGUUCAAGCCCCAGCGCUGGAUUGACAGCCAAGGUCGCUUGAGAGACGAUCUCGCAUUCUUUGUAUAUGGGUUUGGGUAUGCCCAGGUCAACACGUCGCGAACAGGUCAUGAUUCUCUCUACCCAGAUAAUUUCCUGAAUCUCAUGAAAUGUCACAGAUCGGUGUUCAUAAAUUCGCUUCUUAGUCUUUGGGCAUUUCAGCUCAGUCUGGAUCCUACGAAGCCACAGGAUGACAUGGGGUUCUCAAACACGUUUAUGCCAAACGUUCCAUGCGCUAUUGAAUUUCAGGCGAGGGUUCCGGAAGUGGAGCUUAGGCAUAUGAUGCAGAAUUAUCCUGAGGCUGGGUGA